AACCACCUCUUUUUCUUCUCUCUCUUUUCCCUCCCUCCCUCCCUCCUUCUCUCUUCACACUUACACACAUAUCCACAAGCCAGUAAACCCCCCCCCUCUCUUUCUCCCUUCUCAUAUACAACCACCCUUCUUCUCUUUUUUUUUUUGUUUGUGGUGUUCUGUCUUUUGUCAUACCAUACUAUAAUACACACGACGCACCACGCACCACGUUAUUUUUCACAAUGGCCCGUCUGUCGCAUAGUAAAUCGAGCUCUUCAUCAGCAUCUCCUUCCAAUGUUGUUGGCAUGCACUACAAAGUAGGCCGUAAAAUUGGUGAAGGGAGUUUUGGCAUUAUCUAUGAAGGUACCAAUCUCAUUAGCAAUCAACAAGUGGCAAUAAAAUUCGAAUCUCGAAAGUCAGAAGCACCUCAACUACGAGACGAGUAUCGCACGUAUAAAAUCCUGGCUGGUUUAACGGGCAUUCCAUCUGCGUAUUACUUUGGACAAGAAGGAUUACAUAAUGUAUUGGUGCUGGACAUGCUUGGUCCAAGUCUCGAGGAUCUGUAUGACAUGUGCAGUAGACGAUUCAGUAUCAAGACGGUGGCCAUGCUCGCUAGAUACAUGAUCACUCGCGUACAAAGCAUACACGACAAAAGUCUGAUUUAUCGCGACAUCAAGCCAGACAAUUUCUUGAUCGGUAAACCAGGGACUGAGCACGCAAACUCCGUCUUCCUGAUCGACUUUGGCAUGGCAAAGCAGUAUCGUGAUCCGAAAACAAAACAGCAUAUACCCUACCGUGAACGUAAAAGCUUGUCUGGGACUGCACGUUACAUGAGCAUAAACACCCAUCUCGGAAGAGAGCAAUCAAGACGUGAUGAUCUCGAGUCACUCGGUCACGUGUUCAUGUACUUUUUGAGAGGGUCGCUUCCUUGGCAGGGAUUGAAGGCUGCUACCAAUAAGCAAAAGUAUGAAAAGAUUGGUGAAAAGAAACAGUCGACCAUGAUCAAGGAUCUAUGCGCAGGAUAUCCAGAGGAGUUUGGAAUUUACUUGCAAUAUGUCCGUAAACUCGGAUUCGAAGAGCACCCGGAUUACGACUUUUUGCGAGACCUCUUUGCCAAAACCCUGAGCAAUCUAAACGAAGAAGACGAUGGUGUUUAUGACUGGAUGCUGUUGAACGAUGGCAAGGGCUGGGAGGUAAAAAGAAGAUGGACCUAUUUUACAUGUAUUUUUUUUUUGGGGGGGGUGGGGAAGUCAUGGCAACAAAAAGAUGCACGCACUCAUGAGAAUAUUGAAAAAGCACCGUGCACGCUAUCAACUGGAUGUCCGAAACUCUCGGCACGAUACGACGCGGGCUCGUCAUUCGAAACAAGCGAACCGUGAAUCUGCUCACUGUCACACGGUGCCUACUCAACAACAACAACAACGACCCAACACCACACCAUCGCCACAACAGCAGCAGCAACAACAACAACAGCAACAACAACAACAACACAGCCGUCAAGCGCAUCAUCCAUCAGCAGCAGCAGAACCACCGCGUAAAAAGUCAUGGUGGCAACAUGUGCUUGAUACUCUGACGUGUAGACACUGCAUGUGAGAAAAAAAAAGCACUCCCUUGGCCUCUCUUUUGGUUGUCUGUUUCUUGUGGUGGUGCAACGGUGACACUUGACCCAAAAAAACGCUUUCUCUUUAACCAGUUGUGCUCAGCCCGACCAACCCCAAAGCAGCGGUUGUUGCUAAAUUAAGUUUUGUGUGUGUGCAUUUUUAUAAACAUCGACGCAGGGCGCAGCACUUGUAAACUAUUUAGCCGCCCACAAUAGCACAUAUCUCUUCACCCAACCCCUUGCAGCUUUUAAAGUAGAAAACUUUGUUUUGUGG